AUGGUUGCCGAGACUUGUACUACAACGGAUACUGGGUCUGGAGGUCAUACGGGGACGUUUGACACGCCGAAGUCUACUUCGAGUCGUAGUUUGAGUAAUAUGUUUGGUUAUGAGGAGGAUGGGGGGAUUAUAAGCCGGUUUGCUAUUAUCCAAAGGAUAAAGGAGAACCGUGGGUUGUUCGAGGGUGAUGUGCAAUGGUGCAGUAAUCUUCUUCUUGACAACUGGAAGGAGAGCAGACUUCGCAUUACAGAGCGUGGAAUGAUGGCUCGAGACGAUGUGCCUGUGAGCUCGGGGUCUACUGGCUCCCGGUUACUACAUAGUGCUAGCUCAAAGUUGUCGCAUAAAGUGAACGAAACUGUACAGCAGGUGCCGCUAAUCAAGCACCUUCAGUCUUGUUCUUUACGGUUAAUGAGCAAUGCAGGCGGGUCGCAUCCGAUUCUAGAGGUUGGGACUUACCACAGCAAGGUCUACAUCAAGUUGACUGAUCAGAAUACAUUUCUAGAUAUAUUUUCGGCUCUGCUAUUCUGGAAGUCGUUACAGACAGCAGGGGUAUUCAACAAGUUUUCAGUUGUGUCACCAAUAUUUCCUAGCUCUUCGGAGCCUACGAACCUCCUAGUUUGCCAGUUCAAUAUUUUUGGGCCUUUGCCAAAGAAUAAGAAUGUGGUACAACUCACAAAUUUGAAGAGGCCACCUACGUUGGAGGGCACUUUACCCACUCCGGAUGAAGGUUGGUUUUCUGCUAUGGGUGUUUUAAAGUCGGAUGGUGAGCUAGACCUUUUGCUCCAGAGCGAUGGAUCGCUGUUACAUUCAAUUGAUAUCAAGAAACUACUAAGAUCUGAAAUUCAGGUAUUAGACUCUUCUAUUUUGCAAAACGAUAACUUUAUGUUUAUCGGGAUGUUACCUGAGUUGAGGAGGCAGCUAGGAGUUUCUAGCAACGACAAUAUGUUUGUAUCUAAAAUGCGCCCAGGGACCACGCCUAGACUCUAUUUGCAAUUUCCACUGCGAAUAGAUUUAGAGGAUUGGUUUGUUGCGUUGCAUUCAUUUGCAAUGCUGGAGGUUUUGUCGUUGAUUGGUACUGAUAAGUCUAAUGAGUUAAAGGUAUCGAAUAGGUUUAAGAUUACAAUCUUGGAAGCUGAUCUACGGUUAUUGGAGGGGAAACGUUCAAACCACAACAUUACAUCUAAUGGCGUAAUGACGAACGAGGGUGAGGAUAGCCCAGGUGUACCGCGGUCUUUCUAUGCUACAAUUUCUGUUUGGAACCACCAGCUGGCAAGAACUCCAGUUGUCAGCGGCACCUACACUCCAUUUUGGAGAGAGGAGCUCGACUUUAACUUCUCUGUACGCACGGAUAGUGUUCGAAUAGGUGUUAGAGAAAUUGUUGGUAGUAAAGGAGAGUAUUCAGAGGAUGAUGUGCUUUUGGGAUACAUUGAAAUAUCGCAGGAUAUGAUCAAUGACUGCGAACUGAAUAAGGAAACACGUUUACCAGUUUUUGCUGUCGAUAAUAAGGGCUUUCAAUUGGGAACUAUUUGUAUCAAGUUAGCUUCAUGCUUGAAUUUUGUUUUGCCAUCCCUAAACUUUCAUAAAUUUGAGUCCAUAUUGGAAGAGAUUGACUUGCAUGUCAUGACACAUUAUGUCUAUAAUAAAAUCAUGGUUGAAAACCUUAAACUUGAUGGUAUUACUACGGUAUUCUUGGAUAUUUUCCAAGCUAUUGGCCGUGAAGAUGAAUGGUUCCAGGCUUUAAUUGAAAGAGAGUUGAUAACAUUUGAUCAAUCCGUUCUGAAUAAUUCCCAAAACGCAGUUUCCUCAAAUCACAUUUAUAACUCAUUGUUUCGUGGUAAUUCUGUGUUGUCCAAGUCAAUCGAAAAGUAUUUUAACCGCAUAGGGAAGGAAUAUUUGGAGAAGGCAUUGGGUCCAAUCAUCAGAGGUAUUAUUUCAGAGGGGGAGUCGUGUGAGAUGGAUCCAAGUAAAAUCUGUGAACUAGACGAGUACAAGAAGCUAACCGUGCUUGAAGCUAACCAUGCCAGACUACGCAAGUGGGCAGAAAGUAUCUGGUCUACCAUUUACAAGACAUCGAAUAACUUACCCAAAGGCAUCAUAGACCAGCUUACUUUAUUUAGAAAUAAGCUGGAAAUCGUCUGCGGCAAUGUUAAUUUAAAAAUGGUUUUAAAUUCCAUAUCAGCCUUUUUGUUUCUGAGAUUCUUUUGUCCUGUGAUAUUGAAUCCAAAAUUGUUUCAUAUAGUUAAAGAACACCCUAAUGAGCAACAGAGGCGAGUUUUGACGUUGAUUUCAAAGGUUGUUAUGAAUUUGUCAACGUUAACUACUUUUGGCUCUAAGGAACCAUGGAUGAACAGUAUGAACGAAUUCAUUGAAAAACAUAGGGAAGAACUAUUGGCCUACGCAGACAAAGUCACUCAACGGAAACUUGAUUUUAAUCAUAAGAUCUUGAAACUAAGUGACUCAGUAGCGAGACCAAAGCUAGAAAUGAACAAGGAAAUUAUAAAAGACCUUGCAACCAAUCCCUACUUAAUUGAGCGAUACCUAAGAGAGACAGAGUUGGUAAACGCGCUUAUUAAGUACAGGGAGACUUUGACAAGUGCUAUGAAGCCAGAUUCCAGUGAUAGCAGUAAACAUGAUAUCCCUAAACCUUCACAGCUUCUUUCAAGUGGUUCGGAUACAGGUUUAGCUGCAACGAGCAUUGGUGAAUUGGAGUUUGAAAAGAUUACGGAAAAUAAUGUUGAAGUCUUUGGUCAUGAUAUGCUCAAGUAUCUUGAAAGCGAUGAGGGUCCCAAAAAGAGGCCUAGCUCAAGAAUGCAGAAUUCGAAGGAAAGUAUUGAUUUGGCUGCGCAAUUGGAACAGGAAGCAGCUUUGUUAUUCCACAGGAUUAGACAUCUGAUAAGUCUAUUGUCUGAUUAUGAAUAUCCUAGCGAUAUAAUUUUAGGAAAGGCUGAAUAUGCAGCAUUUUUGGUAGAGAGCGCUUACUACGAUCCUCAAAGACGUAUAUUGCUUGACUUUGAUAAUAUGUUUGCAAAAAAAGAUGGGUUAACGAAAUUAUUCCAGGAUUCACGCAGUGCAGGUAUCUUCUUCUCUCCAGUCACAGCAUCGGAUGCAGCCACUCCUACUACGAGAACAGGCGAUUCAAGCGCCCAUAUAGACGACAAUCAAGAAGUUAAACUGGCUAAAAUGAAAUUAACAAAUUCAAUCCCUACAACUAGCAAGAGGUUCACAAAGUUGUUUAGGAAAAUUGGUUUCUAG